AUGCCCGCGAAGAGGGUGCGGGCGAUGGAAGGGCUGGGGGCAGCGUCCUUCAGGGUGGUGGCGAAGGGUGGAGGCAGGGUGGCCGUAGUGCCAACUGGCUACCCAGAGCUGUCCCUGACGAAGGAGGAGGCCGACCAGACUCAGGAGGCGCUGGUGGCAGCACUGUUCGGGACUGGCCUAAACGGUCAGCUCCCGAGCUUUGAGGGCCACCGGUACGAAGAUGGUGUGCUGUGGGUGGCAUGUACGGAUGAUACACAACGAAUUUCACAUGAAUUUAAGAAUCUACCAGCUAACAAACGUUUGAAAGUAGUACGAGAACAAGUCUACUGCAUUAAUUGUCUCCGGAACAAUCACCAGGUAGCAGAUUGCUAUUCACUGAGGAACUGUCGUCUCUGUGAAGAAAGACACAAUACAUCGCUUCAUCACGCACUCCUCGCUGAGCAACCUCCACAACUCACAAAAGGUAUGUCCAACCAGUUACAAUUCAGUGAGAAUCAUCUGCAAAACCAACCUUUGCCUGUUAGACAAACCACUCUGAUCACUCAUCCUCCCAGCGAUCAAAUAGUCCUCAGUGCUAUGGUCAAUAUUCUGGAUCAGAACAAACAGCCAAUGAAAUUCAGAGUUUUAUUAGAUACAGCCUCUACCGCUAAUUUUAUCACUGAAAGCCUAGCCCAACGAUUAAAAGUUCCCAAGAUCAAAUAUUCGGUGCCUGUCGGCGCUCUCAACGAUUUAGCCACCUGUACCAAGCAUUUGAUAACUGCAACCAUCCAAUCGACAAAUGGAAAAUGCGAAACGAAUGUUCAAUGCUUAACCAUUCCGGUCAUCUCUCACCUCAUACCAACUCAGCCCAUUCCACGAGAUGUCUUCACUCUUCCAUCAAACAUCCAACUCGCUGAUCCAGAUUUCUACAAACCCAGACCUAUCGACAUGCUGCUCGGCUCAGCCCCCAGUCUAGACUUAUUCACAACUGGACAGUACCACAUUCCAGGGAAAAAUCGGUGCAACACCAUUUUACAAAAAACACGACUGGGCUGGGUGAUAGGAGAUAGUUUGUCCUCAAUCCUCCCUCACAAGAAAAAUCAAACAUUCAACACCCAAGUUGCGGUAGAUCUCAAAAGAUUCUUUGAAACCGAAGAAGGAUCCAUGAGAAAACUACUAUCACCAGAAGAACAAGCAGCUGAAGAGCACUUUCAACAAAACUACAAGAGAACAAGCACUGGCCGUUAUUCAGUCGCCCUGCCAUGCAAAUCCACCCCACCAACAUUGGGAAAGUCUAGAGAAAUGGCUCUGAAACGUUUUGAGGCAUUGGAAAGGAGACUUAACAGGAACAUCGAUCUCAAGCAACAAUAUCGUACGGUGAUCGACGAAUAUCUCUCACGUCAGCACAUGUCCAAGGUAACAAAUAUCGCCUCCUCUGGAUUCUACCUACCACACCAUGCAGUUAUCAAGGAGAGUAGCAUGACAACAAAGGUAACAGUGGUCUUUGAUGGCUCCUCCAAGACUUCGAAUGGAAUUUCACUUAACGAAACUCUCAUGAUCGGGCCUACUAUACAAGAUGAUUUGUUUUCACUGAUUCUACGAUUCAGGACCCACCAGUAUGUGUUAACUGCAAUUCGAUGUCUCCAACAACUGGCACGAGAUGAAUCUGAACGCUUCCCCAUCGCUUCAUAUAUCCUGCAAGAAGAUAUAUAUGUCGAUGACCUGCUGACUGGCUUCAGCUCAAUCGAAGACGCUCAACAUGCCCAAGCAGAGAUCACACAGCUAUUGUCAACAGGAGGACUGAACAUGCGUCAAUGGGCUUCAAAUGACAAAGCAGUAUUACGAGAAAUACCCUCUGAACAUAUUAAUCACCAUCUACAACUAGACAAUGACAAAACAAUCAAGACACUGGGCAUUUCAUGGAAUUCGGAUACCGACUCCAUUAAAUACCAGACAAAACCAAUUACUCUGAACAAUACAAUCACAAAGCGAAAAAUUUCGUCAAUAGUUGCAUCUAUCUUUGAUCCAUUGGGACUGCUCGGUCCAGUUAUCCUCAAGGCAAAAAAUAUCAUUCAACAACUACGGUCCGCCAAGGUGGACUGGGAUGAAUCUAUUCCACUCCGUAUUCAAACACUCUGGAUCGAUUUGUGUACUGCGUUGCCCUUAAUCAACGACUUACAACUCGACAGAAAAGUCAUAAUAAAAAACGCACAACAAAUACAACUACAUGGAUUCUGCGAUGCCAGUGACACAGGCUACGGAGCCUGUCCAUCCUCUGGACCGACUCUACCAUAA